CUCACUGGCGGCGGCAGCGGCGGAGGCGACGGUGGCGGCUCUCAGAGCCGGCGCGAAUCCGGCCCCCGCAGCGGGACCCGGGCAGAUCUUGACGAGCCCCGCCUGAGCCGAAGCGUGCGGAGGAUGGAAACACUUGCCCGGCAAUGUCUCUGGGCCGCCUCCUUCGCCGGGCCUCCUCCAAAGCCUCGGACCUCCUGACCCUCACCCCGGCUGGCAGCGGGUCCCCCUCCGUCCUGGAUGGCGAGAUCAUCUACUCCAAGAACAAUGUCUGCGUGCACCCCCCGGAGGGGCUGCAGGGGCUGGGGGAGCACCACCCAGGUUACCUGUGCCUGUACAUGGAGAAGGAUGAGAUGCUGGGAGCCACCCUCAUCCUGGCAUGGGUCCCCAACUCUCGCAUCCAGAGGCAGGACGAGGAGGCCCUGCGCUACAUCACGCCGGAGAGCUCCCCCGUCCGCAAGGCGCCCCGCCCUCGGGGCCGGCGUGCCCGGAGCUCGGGGGCCUCCCACCAGCCCUCCCCCACGGAGCUGCGGCCCACCCUGACCCCCAAAGAUGAGGACAUCCUGGUGGUGGCCCAGAGCGUGCCAGACGGCGUGCUGGCCAGCCCUGCGCCGGAGGACGAGGAGAAGCUGGCGCAGGGCUUGGGGGUGGACGGUGCCCGGCCGGGCUCGCAGCCUGCCCGCAGCCCCUCCGGGAUCUUGUCGACAGUCAGUUCGCAGGACGGCGCCGAGGAGGGGCGGGAGCCGCGGCCCGAGGCCGGGGAGGAGGAUGGCUCCCUGGAGCUGUCCGCGGACGGCGUGAGCAGGGACAGCUCCUUCGACUCGGACUCCGACGCCUUCUCCUCGCCCUUCUGCCUCUCACCCAUCAGUGCAGCGCUGGCCGAGAACCGUGGCUCCGUGUUUCUGGAAAGCGACAGCAGCCCCCCGUCCAGCUCCGACGCCAGCCUGCGCUUCCCGGACAGCAACGGCCUCCUGCAGACCCCGCGCUGGGACGAGCCGCAGCGAGUGUGUGCCCUGGAGCAGAUCUGUGGCGUGUUCCGCGUGGACCUGGGCCACAUGCGCUCCCUCCGCCUUUUCUUCAGCGACGAGGCCUGCACCAGUGGCCAGCUGGUCAUCGCCAGCCGGGAGAGCCAGUACAAGGUCUUCCACUUCCACCACGGUGGCCUGGACAAGCUGUCCGACGUGUUCCAGCAGUGGCAAUACUGCACCGAGAUGCAGCUCCAAGACCAGCAGGUCGCCCCCGAAAAGACCUGCAUGCAGUUUUCCAUCCGCCGCCCCAAGCUGCCGUCCUCCGAGACCCACCCGGAGGAGAGCAUGUACAAGAGGCUGGACGUCUCUGCCUGGCUCAGCCACCUGAACGAGCUGGGCCAGGUGGAGGAGGAGUACAAGCUGCGGAAGGCCAUUUUCUUUGGCGGCAUUGAUGUGUCAAUCCGGGGGGAGGUCUGGCCCUUCCUGCUGCGCUAUUACAGCCACGAGUCCACGUCGGAGGAGCGGGAGGCGCUGCGGCUGCAGAAGCGGAAGGAAUACUCUGACAUCCAGCGGAGGAGGCUCUCCAUGACCCCCGAGGAGCACAGAGCGUUCUGGCGCAACGUGCAGUUCACCGUGGACAAAGACGUGGUCCGGACCGAUCGUAGCAACCAGUUCUUCCGAGGGGACGACAAUCCCAACGUGGAGAGCAUGAGGAGGAUCCUGCUGAACUAUGCCGUCUACAACCCAGCCGUCGGCUACUCCCAGGGCAUGUCGGACCUGGUGGCGCCCAUCUUGGCUGAGGUCCUGGAUGAAUCGGACACCUUCUGGUGCUUUGUGGGUUUGAUGCAGAACACGAUCUUUGUCAGCUCCCCUCGGGACGAGGACAUGGAGAAACAGUUGCUGUACCUGCGGGAGCUGCUGCGACUGACGCACGUGCGAUUCUACCAGCACCUGGUCUCGCUGGGCGAGGACGGCCUGCAGAUGCUCUUCUGCCACCGAUGGCUCCUGCUGUGCUUCAAGCGUGAGUUCCCCGAGGCCGAAGCGCUGCGGAUCUGGGAGGCCUGCUGGGCGCACUACCAGACAGACUACUUCCACCUUUUCAUCUGCGUGGCCAUUGUGGCCAUCUACGGGGAUGACGUCAUCGAGCAGCAGCUGGCCACAGACCAGAUGCUCCUGCACUUCGGAAACCUGGCUAUGCACAUGAAUGGGGAGCUGGUGCUCAGGAAGGCGAGGAGUUUGCUGUACCAGUUCCGCCUCCUGCCCCGGAUCCCCUGCAGCCUGCAUGACCUGUGUAAGCUGUGCGGGACCGGCAUGUGGGACAGUGGCUGCAUGCCUGCCGUGGAGUGCACCGGCCUCCACCCCGGCUCGGAGAGCUGUCCCUACGGGGGCAUGGUGGAGACGCCUUCUCCCAAGCCCCCGAGGGAAGGCAAGAAGGGCCUCAAGACGCCGCAGGACGGCUUCGGCUUCCGCAGAUAGGUCAGGCCCCCAGCAUUGGGCCGGGGUUGAGGGGACCUCCCCGGAGGCCCUGGGCAUGGGAGGGGGUGGGGCUGGGCGCGGAGGGGAUAGGGACGGUCGGAACCUAAGGAAAAUGCUUUUGGGCAAUGUGAGAGGAACCUUUUCAUAUUAGCAACAAAAUGAGGGUCCGGAAGUGACAGAAGUCAGACCUGCAGCCACCUGGAGGGGAGCCAGCUCCUGAAACGCUGCGGGGGAACGUAUGGCCGCUGUGCCUGAGGCGCAGGCUGGCCAGGCUCUCCUGCUGGCUGCCCUGGAGGAUUUCAGCACGUCCAGGAUUUGCUCCAGCCUCUCGGGCAGCCAGGCAGCACUGCCAGGUGAGGAGAGCAGAGGUGAGAGGCGGCCUCGCUCACCCAGCAGCGUCGAGGGCUACAGAACAGAGCGGGGUCCCGUCCAGGUCCAGGGAUAUCUCUGCAAGCCAGACACAUGACACCUUGUGCUCUCCGAGUGAGCCGCACUUCCUACAGCUUCCCCAGCCGCAGCUGGGAUGCCGAUGGAAAGACAUCUGCCAUUAAAAAAAAAAAACCCAGCAGCCCAACUGAUGUGGGGACGGAGAGGUGGAAGCGCAGUCAGGUUUGAGGAGCUGGGGCAUGCUGUGUUUAUCCGCUUCAACAUUUCUCCUCCUGGUACAUGAAGGGGACCACCCGCCUGCCGGGGAGCCUGAGCCUCAGGCUGUUGGAGAAGCAUCCGAUGCCUUUUUCUUACCUGGGGGACUUCUAUGUGACGUGAGGUUCCUUGACACUGUUGAAGGUCACCCCCACCAAAUACAACAGCCCGCUGGGGCUUGAGUGGGUCGCUGUGUGUGUCCUUGCGUGCAUGCGUGUUUGUGUUGGAAGAUCCUCUGAAGAUGAUCUGCUUUGUCCCAGGGAUGUGGCAGUAUAUUAGCUGACCAGCCGAGACAAGGCCACCUGGAGAUAGUCAGACUCUUCCACCUCCCUGCAGGGCCUGCAGUCUCUGCUGUGAACUCAGAUAUACACAUCAGCUUCUCAGGUGGUCGGGCGUGAGAGAGACCAAGUGCAGGAGCCAGCGCUCAGGACUCUGCCUUCCCGACACACUCUCCCUCCUCCAAAAGACUGUAUGUCAGUUGCUCCUUCUGGAAUGUAGAGAUGGACAGACAAGGGCGUGCGAUCUCUGCCGUGAGAGCUUCCAGCCAGCUCAGACGUGUCGAGCCAUUUGCACAGAAAGCUACUCCUUGAGCAGGGAGACCAAAUCCCUCCUGAAAUCCUCCACUGUGUCCUUCUGGGGAGAAACCCCUUGAUGUGCUGAGAACCAUCAUGGGGACAGGGACAGGGGGCUUCUUCCCACUUGAAGCUUUUCUCCCUCAAGGGUGGGCACUGCUGGACCAUGCCACGUCAAAGCAGUGUUUCUCUGCGGGAAAGUGGACGACACCAUUUACCGGCCUCCUCCUCCUCCUCCCGGCGUCUCAUUUCUCUGUGAGCCCAGGCCCACCAGCAGGCAGUCCCAACUUCCCAGGUCCGUCUGUCCAAGAGCCUUUUGGAGAGACUUUCCUGGAGCCCUAUCAGAGGCCAGAUCCUGGGGCACCAACCAUUACUGUCCAGCAGUGGGGGGGUCCUGCAGCAGGGGUGGGGUGGGCUUCUCCUCCACUUUGCCCUGGGAAGAGAGGGUUGCCUUUCUGGGCUGGCUCCUGGUCUGUUAGGGAGGUGGCUGGAGCUUCCGCCCCGACCCCCCAAGAAACCAGUUCUCUCCAUUGCUACAGCAGUGCUGCGUGAUGAGUCCCAAAGCACUCGGUGGCUUGCAGCAGUCGGCACUGACCUAGACCAGGAGUCAGCAGUCUGGGCGGGGCGGUUCUGCCGGUCUAGGCUGGGUUUGCUUGUUUGAGGCCAGCAGGCUGCCAAGUCCCAGGAGAUGCUCCCGGUGCAGAGGUCAGACCUGCUCUGUGGUCUCUUGCGUCCCUCCUGCGGACCAGCGGGAAGGAGACAGUAAGCGCCUCUCCGAGCCUCGGCAGACAGCACCCCUGCAGCCCUCCGGGUGGCCACAGCAAGCCAUGUGGCUGGGCUCAGCAUUAAGGGGUGGAGGACGCACCUGCCACUUGAGUGUCCCCUCUGCACAGUCAGGUGGCAGUAGACUGAGAAUUUGGAGGGCCAAAGAACUGGGACUCCGAGGAGUCUGUGUCCUAAUAACUCCUGCUUUGGGGCACUCAUUCCCCACUCCCCCUCUCCAGGAGAAUGGUCCUCGCAUUUCACUAGAUAACCUUGUGCCUUUGAGCUGCUGUUUGGGAGGAAGGAAGAAGGUGGCCAGGUCCGGGUCCCCUGGCUUGGGAAGGUCCUAGUAGAAGGCCAUUCCUUCCGAGUCUCCUGGCCCUACAGCUUCUCACCUCCGCUGCUCCCCAAGACCUGACCCAGACCCAUCAGCCGCAUCUCCGCACCAAGUGCUGCCCCCACCGGGCACUGCUCACACCUCACACUCCCCAUGGGCUGGCCCGGACCCCAGUGAGGCCUGCACCUCUCAGACCAGCCAGGACCUCGGAAGCCCUGCCCCGGGUACUCAGGGCUCCACGGAGGGGACGCUGCUGGGGGUGGAGAAGCCCCGCCCUCCGCACCUCCCUUAAUCUGGAUGCAAUUAGAGGAAAGCAGCCAACGGCCUGCGGCAGCUGUUGCCCCGGGAUUAUUCCCAGCCAGCGAGAGGCAUUAGGGCGAUAAUUCAGUCAUUAGACUUCUAGCCUUCCCACCGCCAGAACGUGCAAAUGGGGGAUAAUCAGCCCUGCACGGCCGUCCUAAGCAAUGCCGCUUAUUUAACCCAUUUUUUAAAAUGACACUUAAUGUUAUUGGCUGGCGGACGUGUGUGCGCAUACUUACAAGUUGACGCGUGGUGCGGCCCUGCUGCCAAGGUCUGCGCUGACGGCGGCGCCCGGUGCUGCUCGGGGCCUCUGGGAAGAGAGGGCAUCUUUGAUGUGGGCGUGCUGGCACCCGAGGGGCAGCAUGGUCAGGCUCGAUGCUGGCUGGCCCUGGAAGGUCCCACCGGGGUUGGGGGGUCAGGUGAGCACUCAGAGAUCUGGGCAGGAAGCGGGGAGCCUGGCGUCCUCACCAGGGACAGAGGGGAAAUGUGGGCUGCUCCAGAAGGUUCUGACUCCAGUCGCAGCCCCGAGGACUCAGAACUCACAAGCCACAGACCAAGUAUCGGUAUCGAAGGAGGGCCGCAGCCCACCCCUGCAGAGGAGGAGGAGGAGGAGGAGGAGGGUCUGAAGGUGGGAGGGCAGCCACUGUUCUGACCAGCCAAAGCGCAGGGCAGAGGGGAGGAGUUUCCGUGUCCAGGAGGGAGAGACCCUCCACCCUCUGACCCUUCAGUUUUCCACAGUAGCCCGGUGUGAAGCCUGUGGCGUCGGGCAGGGCAUCAGCACAAGAUGAAGAUGCUGGUUCUGGCAUGAGGCCUCCCCUCGGACCAAGGGCCAGUGGCUGGCAGAGGUUGCCCAGCUCUGGCCUUCGGUUGGAGGUCACUGGGAAUGGAGGUGGGGUGCGGGCUGUAGACCGUGCUGGGUGGGUGGUGCUUCUAUUCCUGUAAGGCCCGCCCCUCUGAGCCCCCUUGCCUGCUUCUGGUUUGGCGGAAGUAAUGCUGGGCACAGCGCCCAGGUGAUGAGAACCUGCCCGUGCUGUGCCCUGCGGAAGGAAGGAUGUGUUUCUGGUGUGGCCUCCCCUCUCCCCUGUGGGAGGCUGGGGGUGUCGGGGCUCCACCCUGGGCUCACUGGGCAGAGGGAAGGAAGCACCUUCCUGUAUGCUCUGCAGAGGCCCCUGCAGGCCACUUUGCCUCAGAGGAAGGAGGAAAGGUCCCCUGGGACAUGCACGCGCACGCACACACACACACACACACACGUGCAGGGCUGCAGCCUAGGUCAGGACUGGCUGCCUUGCUGGGCCUGCCCCAUUCUCAGAGUCCGCGGGGAACGGGUCAGCCUCAGGAUCUCCUCAGUUCCUUGUUUCGGAGCCAGGCUGCAAGGCCGCUCCUGGGUGUGAAUGCAUUCUGUCCUGGGCCUCUGUCCAGUCAGAGGGAACCACCCCAAAACUAGAAAGCUCAUUUCCCCUGAGGGUUCGUGAAGCCAGAGGGCAUGCUCUAGGGUGGGGGAUGGCGGGGCAAGAGGAGGUGCUGCGGAAGGGGCCCUGGCCCCUGCUGCCUGUGACUCUCCCAAGUAUGCGGCCUUCUGCCUCCCCCAGCCUCAGUUUCCUCACCUGUAACAUGAGAACAAGGCCGCCUGCCUGCCCGGGCCACCUCCUGGGACUGCAGUGGGGACUCUGAGUGUCAAACUGUCCUGAGGAUGAUUUCUGAAGUCCCAGGAACCACACCUGCCACUCAGGGAAGAGACCGCUGACCUCAGCCAUCAGCCGCAUGCAUCAUGAAGGGGAGGGACUGAGACCUGCUCCCUGGUUCAGAGUUAGCAAGCCUGCGCUCCCUUCCACACAGCCACCCAACCGUGUGUCCUCUGCCAAGGGCCAGCUUCUAUGUGAGUCUUCUGUGAAAUGCACCGUGUUCUGCCCACGCCUGCCGCGAGACCCACCCUCAGCCCUCCUGCCAGGUGUGUGUGUGCGUGAAUGCACGUGCAAAGCUCUCUCCAUCAGGAAGGUGGUGUGGGCCCUGCGGGUCCUACCCCUCGGGCUUGAAGCUCCCUCGGGCUGUAGACUCUGGUCUCCUGGAUCAGGAGCGUUAGAAUCAGGAGAUGAGUGUCCCUGGGCAGAACCGGGGGUGCAGACGGCCUGCAGCCUUCUGGCCUUUUAAGUAUAUCGCUUGCAUUUCCAAGUAGAAAGGUCGCAUUUCAAGUUCAAAGACAGAUCAUGCAACCAUCUCUCCUCCAGCACUUUUGGGGUAAGGAGGACGGUUUUUGUUACAGUUUAGGGGAAUUUUUCAUCAAAUUUCCACCAUUAACCAAGAGACGACUGACGUCCAUGGCAAGGGAUUUAUUCUUGGCAUUCUGUUUCAUUCGGUUUUUUAAAUGUCAUCGCCCACUGGUGGGGUCCAGGACUGGUCUGAGCCGUGCUAGCCACAGCCCCAACAAUGCUUCCGGCUUUCACGGAUUCCACAGCAAAUAAAGCCGUACUGACAACAAACGCACACUGUGCAGCGCCUCUGGAAGCUCUGGUGGGACUGCUGGGUCGGAGCGAGGCAGGCUCCGGUGCUGGCAGAGAGGGCCCCGAGGCCCGGCUUCUCCUGCGUUCCGAGAUGGGGGAGGGGAGGGUGCAAAGGAGAGCUGGGUGGGGGCUGUGGGUGGGCAGCGCUGGGCCUGCAGGGUGGGCUGCUCGGAGGAAGGGCAGCCCCAGGCCCCGGCAGGCAGCGAUGGAGGGUGAUGUGGAGUGCUUCCAGGGUCUCACGCAGGAAAGGGCCCGUUAACUCUGAGCACCUGGGAGCCUCGCUCCGGCCCGGGUGCCGGGAAAGACAAACAGUAUUUUAUUGAGCCUUAGCCGUGGGGCUCCGGUUUCAGGAAAAGCCUCAGUCUUGCAUUUGUGAGUUUUUUUAAAGAGGCAAACAAGGUGAAUUUGACCUUGCUAGGGGUGGGAGUUAGGGAGAAUUCAGGCCGCCCUGCCAAGCUCCUGGAACCUCGAAGCAGGGAUGGGCAGAGGUGCGUGGUUCUCCUGGUUCUUCGGGAGCACAGAGGGCGUGGAGCUCCAGCCCCUCACCAACACCCUCUGGGGUUUCCAGCUUUUUCUGUUAUUUCCUGUGGCUCUUUCCCCUUUUGCCUGCCUGGGGGCUGGGGGACAGCAUGAGUCAUCUUAUCUGCAUCACUAGGGGUUUCAUGUCUGAGUGGCCCGUCUCACCUGCCACCUACCUGGCCUUGGCUUGGACAUCUGAGAGCCUCAUCACCUCCUCUCCACAUGCCUGGGGUGCCCCUCCCAAGGCUGGCUGGGCAGGUGCCAUGGGCCAGGUCCUAGGAGGAGCGACGGGCUUCUCCCAGGAAACACAGCAGAGCCAGCGCUGCCUGCCUGAGGAGGCGCCCCACUACCAGGCAUGGCUGGUGGCUCUGUUUAAAGAAAUCUUUGUCCACGUGCGGGUGGGAGGUGCUUCCCCAUCCUGCCUGGAAGCCACGCCCUGGCUCUGUGGAAUCUGCCACAGCUGUGGAGGCUGAGUGACGACGGAGGGGCCUGAUGGCUCAGGGGCCCCUGACGUCACCACCUCCAAGGCAACAGGACUGGACCGCACAGCUCCUUGGGACUGAUCCCACCCCCACGGGUCAGCCCUGUAGGAGGACAAGGCCCACCAUGACCCCACCUUAGGCUGCCAACUGGACCUGUCCCUCCAGGAAGGGCCCUUCCGACCUGACCAGCAGCUGGUUCCCGGGGUACAGCUCAGACAGGCAGCAUCGUGCUCACGUUCGCCUCUGCUAUGCCUACUUCCCCUGUAUGUGACAACUGUGUAGUUACCCAUGCUGGCCAAGGGGACAUGUGCCACCCGGCGAGCCACACUUUUCAGGGGAGGUGCUUCAGGCAGGCCUGGCUCUGUUGUCCGGCAGUCCUGAGGGCGGGCGGUGCCCGCUCCGUGCCCGGGGAGGGCUCUCUUGCCACACAGCUGGGUGGUGUACAUGCCUCGGUGUUCCCAUCUCAACCAGCUGCAGAGACGCCAGAAGGGAGGUUCUCUGGGGUCCUUGUUCACGUCAGGGAAAGCAUCCUGUCUGCAGCCCUGUUCCACAUCAUUCACGCGUUCAUUCCGAUAGGACCGUGGUACCUGGGCUCGCUCCAGGGAAGCAGGGCAGGAGAGCUGGGGCUUCCUGGGUUCCCAGGGCAGACACGCAUGUACCCUGUGCACCCUCAAAUGAGCAAGCCUCCCCACUGGCCCCUGGAUGAGGCCAUGUGGACCCCAAACCUUUGGGGCUAGUUGGGCAAGCCUUGAACCCCCAAUUUCUGUGUGGCCUUUGCCUGCCCUCCUUCUCCAAGGCGUGACUCUUACUCCAGAGAUUCGGGUGGGCAAGUGUCCCUAAACUUAUUUUCUCUCAAUCAAACUGAAACCCACUGUGAGCGCCCAGAGUCUAGUGCGGUUUCUGUUGGGGAGGGGUCUCCCUUCCUUCUGUGCCCAGGACGGGGACCCCAGGCAAGAUGCAGGGCUCUCUGCUCCUGGCUCUUCAUCAUCAUGGGGACACCCUUUGUCCAAACAAGAAAUCCCAGGAGGUCUGGCUUUGCCACUUCGGCUGGAACUCGGGUGCCCGGGCAUACCUGCAUCUGUGCCCCUCCUCAUCCCCGUGAGGGGGACCCUGAAUAUCCCAACCCCAACGUAGAACAUGAAGGCCUCAAGCCAGCCCCUCCUCCAGUUCGAGCGCCCUCCCUCACAUCCACCUAGAGAGGUCCAGACCUGCGGCUACUUUCAUGCCCUCUCCAGACCGGGAGACACCUGCCACUGACCUCGUGGAAAACAGAUUUUGACAUUUUGACGCUUCCCCCUCCUUCCCCCCUCCACCACCUGCGGGGUCUCCUUGCCGCAUCUCGGGAGAGCAAGCAGAGCUUUGGGCCCCUGGGGUGUGUGUCAUGCAGUUUAGACGAAGUGGUUUGAAAAUUCGCCAUUUGGUCUCAGACUGGGAAAAGAAGAGUGACUUGACAGGCCCAAUGCCAUCAGCCCUUCAGCGAGACAGAAGAGGGCAUUUUCUGUUUCAAGUCCUUAGAGAGCAUGACGUCAUAAUUUUCUGAAUUAACAUCUGAAUGUUGAAAUUAGGAUGGUGCAAAGGAGUACAGGGCCACGGGCUGGGUAUGGCCGCCAGCUCCCCGGCGGCGGAAGCUGCCUCAAAACCCCCUCGACAAAGAGGGCCACAUGCAAGUCAACGAAAUGGGACGCUUUCACCAAGGCCACACCCAGCGUCUACUGAUAGAGUUCGUUGAUCCCUGCCCAUGAACGAACACAACAGAAAAAGACACCGAGGGUCCUAGUGGCUACAAGUCAAUGGUGAAUUGGCACGUGGUCUAGCAGUUUUAAAAUCUAACAGUAGAGGAUGUAAUGGGCAAGGGCCAGGAAGUCCUUCGGAGAUGGGAGGUCAGAGCUCUAAACCGGCUCAGUGGAGGUCUUUGCCCAGUGUCUGGACACUAGCUACAGGGGGGUGCGCAGAGGAUUCUGGGCAGAAGGAAAAUGUCUAAAAGUACUUUGGGAGGGUAAAGCAUGGGGACCUUGUCUAAAAUAAAGACUUAAGG